UUAAAAACUAGUUAGCGCUGUGAAAAUUUAUAGUUGUUAAAAACAUGGCGGUAACAGUAUCACCAAAAGACGUUGGCACGUUUUUAAGUCAAAAACAAAAUGUUUCGGAUAAAGAACUCGCUGGAGAAUGGGCACAAUUGGAAGAACUUUACAACAAAAGACUUUGGCAUCAGCUGACGCUUAAAUUAGAGACUUUUGUCAAGCAUCCAGCUUUACAGAAAGAAGAUAAUUUGGUGCAACUUUAUAAUAAUUUCUUAUCAACAUUUGAAAAUAAAAUCAAUCCACUUUCAUUAGUUGAGAUUUUAGUUCAUGUAAUAGCACAAUUCCCAGAUAAACAAGAAGCAAUAACAUUUUUGGAAAAAACUGAGGUUAAAGUAAAAAAUAAUAAUGAAGCAUUGUCAUUGUGUAAAGUACUUGCGGGACAAAUUUUACUCGAUAUUCUUAAUGAUCAAGAUAGGGCAAAAAAAAUUAUUGAAGAUGUUGAAGCAAUGCUCGAUAAUGCCGAUGGAAUAACUUCAGUUCAUGGGAGAUUUUAUCUUUUAGCUAGCCGUCUUUAUCGACUACAGGGAAAACAUGCUGAAUAUUAUCGUACCGCCUUAAGAUAUUUAGGUUGCAUUGAAUUGAAUACAUUAAGCAAAGCCGAACAGGAGCAACAUGCAUUUUUCUUAGGUCUCGCUGCACUUUUAGGAGAAGGUGUCUAUAAUCUUGGUGAAUUAUUGGCACAUCCUAUUUUGGAAUCAUUAAAAGAUACAGUUAAUUCAUGGCUUGUUGAUUUAUUACAAGCAUUUAAUGCCGGCGAUAUUGCUGCUUUAGAAAAAUUAAAACCACAAUGGAGUAAAGUUGCCGAUCUUGCAGCUCAGGAAUUAAAAUUGAGACAAAAAAUUUCCCUCCUGUGUCUCAUGGAAAUGACUUUUAAACGACAAGCCAAUAAUCGACAACUAACAUUUACUGAAAUAUCACAAGAAACUCGUUUACCAAUCGGUGAAGUCGAACUUUUAGUUAUGAAAGCACUGGCUCAGGGAUUAGUUCGAGGUGCAAUUGAUCAAGUCGCUGGGACAGUGAAUAUGACUUGGGUACAACCACGUGUUUUGGAUCGAACUCAAAUUACAGGAAUGGUACAACGACUCGAUGGCUGGUGUAAAGACGUGAACACCAUGGAAAAUCUUUUGGAAACCCGGGCCAACGAAAUACUUACACUAUAAAAAGAAAAAAAAAAAAAUUCUUUUCAUCGUUUAUUGAAAAUUUUGUGUUUUGUUUAUUUCAAUUUACGCGACAUACGUCCAUUUUUUUUCUCAGUAUGAAUGAAAUGCAGUACAGUUUUCAAUCAUAUAAAAUUUGUCAAACGCCUCACUGAAUGAAUGUUUAACUUAAUUUUCAAUAUUAAAGAAAAAUAUAUAUAAAUUUAACAACGUUUAUCACAAUAAUCUUUAAAAAUAAAAUUUUCAACAAAAAUUUA